AUGAUUGAGACAUUUGAAAAACGUACGUCAAUUAUUAGAGAUAAAUAUGUUAAAAAACGUUUUACAAUAACAUUGAUAAGUUUAUUUGAAAAUACAAUAUCAUCAAUAGUUGUAAUUAAAAAUAAUACAUUUAUCCAUAAAUGGUGGUCAAAACCACCAAUUCAAGCACUUUAUAAAAUAAAAAUAUUUAAUUAUACAAAUUUUGAAGAUUUUAAAAAUGGAAAAGCAGAUAAAUUAAAAGUUGAAGAAGUUGGUCCAUAUAUUUAUCGUGAAAUAUUAACAAGAGUUGAACAAAAAUUUCAUGAUAAUGGUACAAUAUCAUUUAGAGAAAAAAGAGAAUUUCAAUUUCUCGGUGGUAGAUCUGUUGAUGAAAUUGUAACAGUACCAAAUGUGCCAUUAUUAUCAGCAAUGAGUAUGGCUCGUAAUUCACCGUUUGUUUUUAAAUUUGGACUAUCUCUAGGUUUUUCAAUUUUUGGAGAUUUUGGAUAUGAAUCAUCUGGACCAUUUUUAAAUCUAACUGUUAGUCAAUUUUUGUGGGGUUAUGAUGAUUCACUUUUUUCUGCAGCUAAAUCAUUUUCUCCAACGCGUAUACCAUUUGAUAAAUUUGGAGUUCUUGCUUAUAAAAAUGGAAUUUCAAGUCGUCGAAUAACAAUGAAUACUGGUCAAAUAAAUUAUCAAAAAUUUGGCUUGAUUGAAAAAAUCGAUGGAGUGGAUGAUGUCGAUAUGUACAAUGACAAAAUUUGUGACACUAUUUAUGGCACUGAUGGGACAAUUUUUCCUUCGAUAAUGUUCAGAAAACCAGAUGCAUUAAUGACCGUUUACAUAAUGGAAAUGUGCAGAACAUUACAACUUACUAGAGUAGGAACUGGUACAUCAUUCGGAAUGCCAACAUUAAUCUAUCAAAUAGUGCCAGAUAGUUUUAUAGCAACACCGACAGAACAUAGCUGUUUUUGUUCGAAAAAAAAUAAUGAACUAACAUGUCCACCAGCUGGAAUAUUUAUUGGAUCACCAAAAUGUACUUUUGGCACUUCAAUUGUAACAUCAUUACCUCAUUUCUACGGAGGUGAUCCAAUUUUGUGGAAAGACAUUGAAGGAAUUAAUCCCAAAAAAGAACUUCAUAAUUCACAGAUAGAAAUUCAUCCACGACUUGGAUUUAUGAUUGGUGGAUCAUCAAAAGUUCAAAUGAAUAUCGAGGCAAAACGUUCAUCAUCUUUUCCUUUUUUGGGUAAAAUUAAAGAUGGACAAAUAAUGCCAAUAGUUUGGGCUGAUGUUUCAGUUGAUGAAAUUCCAGAACCAAUGCUAACUGUUUUGUGGCAUGGUUAUUUUACUAUUGAAUUAAUUGAAACUUUAUUUAAAUGGUGCAGUAUUUUAGGUAUUAUAUUACCAAUUAUUAUAUUUAUACAUAAUUCACGUCAAUAUGAUCAUUAUAAAAAUCAUGAAAUGCUAUAUGAGGUCGAUGUCAUGGAACAAAAUCGAUUGCUCGCAUCACAAGAGACAUGA